CAUCCUCUUGGCUCCUGCCAGUUAUGACAAUGACAAGCCAGAAGUGGGAACGCAAAGACGAGAAGAAGCUGCUGAAACCCCUGAUGGAGAAAAGGCGCAGGGACAGGAUGAAUCAAAGCCUCGACCGGCUCCGGGUCUUGCUUUUCGAUGCCACCCAGGACGAGAGACUUAAAAACCCCAAAGUGGAAAAGGCAGAAAUUUUGCAAAAAACAGUUCAGUUUUUGAAGACACAGCCUUUAUCAGAGACCAAGCACAAAGAAGACGCCCUCCUGCAAAGGUACCACAGCGGCUACAGGGAGUGCCUGACCCAAGCCACCCACUUCCUCCGGGCCAGCCCGGGCAUCUGCACGGGGAAGAAAGCCUACCUGAUGAAGCACAUCUGCCACUGUAUGGAGAAGAUCACAGCCAGCCCACGGAGGGAAGUCCACCGGCCGCCACCGGCCGCCCCCACCCCCAGCUACGAGCUGCAGCAGCGGUACAGCCCAGAUGUCUUCGCCGGGUGCAGCCCUCCCCUCGGCGGGUCCCCCUACGUCCUGCACCCGCCUUCCUCCACCUACCCGGACAGCCAAGGACUGCAGGCCCGCCUCGACGGAUCGGCCCAGCAGGGCAGCUGCAGCAGGUCGCAGCAGAACAAACUCUCGGAAACGCGGAACUCCUCGCCGCAGUCCCCACAGGCGCUGAACGUAUGGAGGCCCUGGCCUUGAAGGAUCCC